ACAAGUCCUGGGGUGUCGGCACUUAGCAGAAAUAGCGUUUACAAAAACAAAGAGAAUAUUUUCCUUUUCUUCUCCUUGUAUGUAUCAUGGUGUGCCAGGCCCCCCAGUUCAGAUAAUCUCGUUUCCUUAGCAUGCUGGCUUGCUCUCUGACAGACACAUUUACACUGCUUAUCUGGGGUUUGGCUUUAACCCCACCUUCCUGCCCCAUAUAAAGAGAAGGGGAAAAGAUACAAAUUUCAGUUCUUCAUCUAGGUGCCCCAGGAACUGAAGACCAUUGCAGAAUUAACUCUCUUGAAAAGCAGGCUCUCAAUGGAUUGGGCAAAUCCGCUUGCUCUUCACCCUCUAGCUUUCUACCAGCUGGUUGCAUUUCCAUUUGCCGUUUCCUUUCACUAUCUCUGCACCUCUGGGUCUCUCUCGCUAAAUGCCAGGUAUGCUUUCAUGUUUGCUUUAAUUCCAUGCUUGUACGUCUUGCUCCUGGUGGGAGGCUGCCUUCUAGCGUGUGCUGCCAUGGGAUGGUAUGCCCUGCUGCUCUUCAUCCCCACCUUCUGCUCCGUGGCCAUUUUCCACUCAGUCGGCCCACUGCAGGUCCACACAUGGGCAUUUGUGCUCCAGAUGUCCUGGCAGACUCUCUGCCACCUGGGCCUGCACUACAGGGGACAUUAUUUGCAAGGAGCCCCAUGCGUCAGGUACCAGGCAGCAAUGCACAAGCCCACCUUGGCGGAGCCGGGACACGCCAGAACCGUGUUCCGGCACUUUCGCAAGGCCAUGCCACGUGGAGGAAGCCAUGUUGCUCUCAAAAUGGCACCCUCCACACAGCGCGACCUUGCACGCAGCACCAUGGGCGUGUUCCGGGAGCAGCACUGCGGGACUCCUAUCACAGCCACUCUGCUUGCUCUCUCCCCCCCUUGCAGGUUGACAAUCGCCCUCUCGUCUCUCAUGCUGCAGACCCAGAAGGUCACAUCGCUGGCUCUGGAUAUCCACGAAGGGAAGGUGACGAUGGGAUCUGAACGGGGGGAUGGGAGGGAGCCACUGCUGCAGGCACUGCCUCUGUGCAGUUACCUGCUCUUUUUCCCUGCCCUGCUGGGAGGCCCGCUGUGCUCCUUUAGGAGAUUUCAGGUCCAGAUCCAGGGCUCAUGCACUUCACAGCCCACGCGUCCCUUGAGGGCUGCAGGCCAGAAAUGCCUUUGUGCCCUGGCUUUGCACCUGCUGAGAAUGGCUGUGAGGAGCUGCGGAGCCCCACUGGCCUGCCUGACGGACUGCACCGGCUUUGGCUGUGUGUACGUCGUGUGGCAUUCUGCCCUGCUCUUCAAACUGGCGUAUUACUCCCAGUGGGUGCUCGACGAGGCUCUCCUCAGCGCAGCGGGCUUUGGGCUGGAGCUUGGCCAUGCCCCCGGUGCAGAGGCUGCCUGCGGCGACCUCUCUGAUGCAGACAUAUGGACCUUGGAGACCACCAACAGAAUAGCCCUCUUCACCAGGACCUGGAACAAGAGCACUUCCCGGUGGCUGAGGAGGCUCAUCUUCAAGCGCAGCCCCGCUCAGCCCCUGUUGGCCACCUUUGCCUUCUCGGCCUGGUGGCACGGGCUCCACCCAGGGCAAGUGUUUGGCUUCUUGUGCUGGGCAGCGAUGGUGGAGGCUGAUUACCGUAUUCACCCUUUUCUCCGUUCACUUGCGAAGUCCUGGCACACCAAACUGCUGUAUAAGGCCCUGACUUGGGUCCAGACCCAGCUAAUUAUUGCGUACAUCAUGGCUGCGGUGGAGAUGAGGAACUUCUCUGCACUCUGGCUGCUGGGUGCCUCCUACAACAGCUUCUUCCCUCUCCUGUACGGUGUUUCACUGCUGUGGCUGGUCGUGAGAUCCAGACAAAAAUGAGUCUGACCC